UAGAGUAGCAUGCGUGCGGAUCCAUGUGUGUGUUUAUGUAGUAUGCCUGUAUGGCAGAGGAAAAGUAAUAACAACUGAAAUUUUUGUCAAAUACGAAUACAACGAAUAUAGAUUUUUAUACAAUAUACUUUUCCACUUUUUGUUUUGCAUAAUAAUCGCGAGAAAAUACGUAUAAUAAGAAAUGCAAAAGUAAUACACAAAAAACAAUACAAAUAAAAACAACAACAGCAGCUGGCAUAACGGAACAGCGCCAACAAACAGAGCGAAGAAGCAGGCACGACUACAGCGCGCAGCAGACGGAAAGAGAAAGGUAACGAGUGACAGAGAGAGAGGGCGAGGCAGAGAGAGCGCGCUUGUGUGUGUGUAUGAAGCAAAUAACAACGAAGACGCAUAAACAAAACUGAAACUGAAAAUAUUUGCCCAAAGAAUUACGCACAUACAUACAUACGAACAGAGAAAGAAGUGAAGAGCAAGGAAGCAACAACAACAACAACAGCAGCAGCAAGAGCAGCAGCAGGAGCAACAGACAGUAGCAGCUAACGGGAGCCUUCGCUAGCGGCAAAGCACGUACUUCGGAUCCUCCAAAAAUGAAUAUGCUACACAGCUUUAGCAGCGGUGGCGCCUCCAAUGCCAACAGCGAUGCCACCAGCGAAAUCGAACUGAAGGAGCGCCUGAUUGCGAGCGUCAAGAAGGAGGUGAAGCAACUGAUGGAGGAGGCGGUCACCAAGAAGUACGUGCACGAGGAGAGCAGCUCGGUGACAUCGCUCUGCGCUGCUGUGGAGACCUGCCUCAGUCACGGCCUGAGGCGUCGGGCGCUCGGCCUGUUCAAGACGUCGUCGACAACGGCGCUGAUACAGAAGAUAGCCAAGAUAUGCCCAGAGGCGGACUACGUCAGUCGUCGGCUGCUGGAGCUGGAGCUGGCGCACGAGAGCCAUGCGGUCAGCGGCAAGCGUUCGUCCUCCAGCAGCGACAGCAUCAUCAAGCCGAAGCUGCUCAACAAGGGCAGCUGCAGCAGCAGCUCGGUGACCACCAUCAAUACGGUCGUCACCUCGGUGGGCGCUAACGGUGCUGCCGCGCCGCUGGGCAAAUACCUGUGGAUACGCCUGGCCCUCUACGAGAAGCGCCUGGCCAAGAUCAUUGAGCAUUUGGUGAACAACGCUCAGAGCUAUUACGAUCGCGAGGCGCUGGUCGCCGAUCCCGAUUACGGCUCCAUACUCAGCUCGCUGCUGGUGGGCCCCUGCGCCCUGGAGUUCACGCGCGCCAAGACUGCCGACCACUACUGGUCCGAUCCCUGCGCCGAUGAGCUGGUGCAGCGUCAUCGCAUCAGCUCGGGCAACCGGACGCCGCCCACCUGCCAUCGGCCCAUCAUCAACUUCAAGCGCAGCCUGCACACCAGCUCGGAGGACACGAGCAGCGGCAGCUUCAAGGCCUGCUCGCCGGCGAGCGUGGCCAAGGACUAUGUGGAGUCGCUGCAUCAGAAUUCGCGCACCACCCUGCUCUACGGCAAGAACAAUGUGCUGGUGCUGCCCAAGGAUGUGGCCGAGCCGAUGCCCGGCUACCUUAGUCUGCACCAGAGCGUCCAGUCGCUGACCAUCAAAUGGACGCCGAAUCAGCUGAUGAACGGCUACAACGAUCCCGAUGUGAGCGACACGAGCUACUAUUGGAGCUAUGCGCUCAACAUCAACGUCGAUGAGAUCGUCUAUGUGCAUUGCCAUCAGAAUCGUGGCGGCGACACCGGCGGCACCAUUAUACUCGUUGGCCAGGACGGCGUACAGCGGCCGCCCAUACACUUCCCGGAGGGCGGGCACUUGCAGGCGUUCCUCAGCUGCCUGGAGACGGGUCUGCUGCCGCACGGCCAGCUCGAUCCGCCGCUCUGGUCACAGCGCGGCAUUGGCAAGCUCUUCCCCUGGCCCAAGAGCGUGCGCAGGCACAUCCUGCCCUCGGUCAUGGAGUCCUCCAUGGACGAGACGCCCAUCGACUAUGUGUUUCGUGUGGUCAGCAAGAGUCAGCACGAGGAGUUCCUGGCCACACAUCCCAUACUGGAGGUGGGCCGUUCCAGUCCGCGGCGCAAGCAUCUGGGCAGCUGCUCGACCACCGGCAGCAGCGACUGCUCCAGCAAGAGCCUCUCCAUUGACCAGAGCAGCAAUCCGGAUCCGCCAUUGAUACAGGCCAGCCAAACGGCCAGCAUUGAGCUGGUCUGCUCCACGAUGCGUCGCCAGAUCAUCUCGCGCGCCUUCUACGGCUGGCUGGCCUACUGUCGCCAUCUAUCCACGGUGCGGACGCAUCUUUCCGGUCUGGUUCACGGACGCAUUACCCCCGAUUUGGCCGCCAAUGAGCAGGGACUAACCCGGGAGAAGUGGCAGGCAAUGAAUGUGGAUGGCGUCGUCUCUGCUGACCUGGAGCUCUAUCGUCUGGUCUAUUUCGGUGGCGUGGAGCACGAGCUGCGCAAGGAGGUCUGGCCGUAUCUGCUUGGCCACUAUGCGUUCGGCUCGACGCCGGAGGAGCGACGCAAGCAGGACGAGACCUGCAAGCACUACUAUGAGACCACGAUGAGCGAGUGGCUGGCCGUCGAGGCGAUUGUGCGGCAGCGGGAGAAGGAGAAGACGGCCCUGGCGGUGGCCAAGCUGAGCGCCGAGCAGGCACAGCUGGCCAAUGCCAAUGCCAAUCCGCACGCCUCAAGCGAUCUGCUGACCAAUGGCAACGGACAGCUGGAGCUGGACAAUGGCGGCGGCUUGGCCGAGGGCGAGAAUGAUGUGUUUGAUGAUAAUGACUUUUCGGACAUAUCCGAUCCGGGUGAUGAGUACGACGAGCAGCCACUGAAUGAAGAGCAGCCCUCGCUGGAGACUGAGCAGCCGGCGCCAGUGGCAGAGGAAAAAGAAGCCGCAGAAGAAGGAGAAGGAGUGGAAGAAGGGGAAGAGGCAGCCGAGCUGCCGGCACAGCUGAGCGGCCAGGUGGUGCUGGAGUUUCAGAACAUUGAUGAUAUGGAGCCACUGCGCUUGCAUGACAACUGCUUCGGCGAUUCCGAGGCCGAGGGCGAUCUAGGUUUCAGUCUGGACGGCAGUGGCAAUAUCCUGAUGCUGAGCAUCAAGAGCUCACCCUCGACCAGCAGCUAUGAGACGGUGGGCAACGAGUUUGCCGACCUAACGGAUGCCAAGGUCCUGGACGAGGCAGAGCUGGAGCCCGAGGCGGUAGUGAAUGUGGAUGUGGAUGAGGAAAUGGCCACUGAUGUGGAGACGGACCCAAAUGGCCAGCUGAGCAAAUUUCAUAGCGCCGACGAUGUGCGCCACGACGAGGAGCAUCCGGCAACUUCAGUCAUUAUCACCGAGGCCGCCUCACUGGAUGACCUGGACGCACAAUGCAACGACGACGAGCCCACCGAGGAGUUUACCUCACGCAAGACCAGCCUCAUGUCGCCCCUGAACGAGGACAUCACCGUCGUCGCCUCGCUGGAUGCGCUGCAGGAGCCAAAGUCAGCCUGCGUCUCACCGGCCAGCUCCAAUGGCGGCGUCUAUAGCGUUGAGCUGCUGGAGCAGUUUGGCUUGAAUCUGCAUCGGAUCGAGAAGGAUGUGCAGCGCUGCGAUCGCAACUAUUGGUACUUUGCCAGCGAGAAUCUGGACAAGCUGCGCAAUGUGAUAUCGACGUAUGUGUGGGAGCAUCUGGAUGUGGGCUACAUGCAGGGCAUGUGCGAUCUGGUCGCUCCAUUGCUGGUCAUCUUCGAUGACGAGUCGCUCAGCUACAGCUGCUUCUGCAAGCUGAUGGAGCGCAUGAUCGAGAACUUUCCCAGCGGCGGUGCCAUGGACAUGCACUUUGCCAACAUGCGCUCACUCAUUCAGAUACUGGACUCGGAGAUGUACGACCUAAUGGACUCGAACGGGGACUAUACGCACUUCUAUUUCUGCUACCGCUGGUUCCUCUUGGACUUCAAGCGCGAGCUCAUCUACGACGAUGUCUUCGCCACCUGGGAGGUCAUCUGGGCGGCCAAGCACAUUGCCUCCGGGCACUUUGUGCUCUUCCUGGCGCUGGCGCUGCUCGAGACCUAUCGCGACAUCAUUCUAUCCAACAGCAUGGACUUUACGGAUGUCAUCAAGUUCUUCAAUGAAAUGGCUGAGCGCCACAAUGCCCAGUCGAUUCUGCAGCUGUCGCGCAGUCUCGUCCUGCAAUUGCAGACAAUAAUUGAGAACAAAUAAGUAAAACGAUUUGGAACCGGAACUGGAACGGGAACGGGAACUGGAACAGACAGUGGAAUUCAAAUUGGAUUUGUGGCAACUGUGUGUAUAAUAAGUGUGUGCAUGCCUGUCCGUAUGCGUGAGUGUGUGUGUGCGUGUGAGUGUAGAUGUGUGUCAGUGAGUGAGUAUAGGAGAGUGUGAUCCCCAGCAGUUGGAAACUAGCACAUUGUAGGCUCAAGCAAGUUUAGUUUAGAUCUCGGUUACCAGUCACACGCAAUACAGAUAGUAUCCGUACUUCCUUGAACAGUAUUGGAGAGUUACAAACAUACAAACGUUAUAUAUAUAUAUACAUAUGGUAUAGAGAGCACUAAAGUAUCGCAUACUAUUGUAGGUCGAAUGCAGGAGAAGGAAUAUACAAACGUUAGAGAGCACACAGAGAAACCAGAGAGGAGGCGCUGGCAAGGAAACUACAUAUAUACAUACAUACAUAUAUAGUUGCAUGAUUAUGUGUGUCUAGAGACUUAAGUAACUCGAACUGUAAUUGUAGCUGUAAACUGAAACGGUAGCGCUAACUGUCACAGUAGCUGUAUAGAAUGCACCGUUAGGA